UGUGUCUGUUUGUGUUUCUUGUUGAUUUUGUGAUAAAAUUGCAAUCAGCAGCACGACACUCGCACGGACAAAUAAUAAUAGUAUUCAAAGUAUUAGGGCGACAAACAGUAAAAGUGGUUGUGCAAGAAGAAGCAGCAACAAUCAGGCAGAAAAAAUACCUGAAAAAAAAUAAACGGUAAAACGAAGAAGUAGCGACACACCGCAGAGAGCGCGCUAAAAAGUUUAUAUUGUAAAAAUCCAAAAAGUAAAAGCACAGAGUGUGUGUUUAAUCUCCAUUCGCUCCACGGUAAAAACAAUUUUAUUAAAAUGGUGGAAGUAAUAGAGCGGCGGAGAACGGCUGCGUGAGCCCAAAGCGCGGCCAAUUAAAAAACAACAACAUCGGCAGCAGUAGCAGCAGCAGCAGCCGCUGAAGAAGAACAAGCAGCAAAAGAAGCAGUAGAAGCAGCCGAAGAGGAAACAGCAAGAGCCUCGAAAAGUACAUAAAAGUAUAAAUUUAAAUAAGGUGGAAGUUGGUAGACGAAAAGCGAACUACAAGCGCAAAGAGGAGAGAAAACCGAACCGAACCGAGACCACCUUGCCCCAGCAAUAACAAUACCAGUAGCAGUAGCUCUAGCUUUGGCUCCAGCUCCAGCUUCACCAACAACAAAAACAACAUUAACAACAUCACAAGCCACAACAAAAUGUACGGCAAGUCCAAGACAUCAGCGGUGCCAUCGGAUGCCCAGGCCCGCGAGAAGCUGGCGCUAUACGUGUACGAAUAUCUGCUUCAUGUCGGCGCCCAGAAGGCGGCACAGACAUUCCUCUCGGAGAUCCGGUGGGAGAAGAACAUAACGCUUGGAGAGCCACCGGGAUUCCUACAUACCUGGUGGUGUGUCUUCUGGGAUCUGUACUGUGCUGCGCCAGAGCGCCGUGACCAGUGCGACCACAGCUCGGAGGCCAAGGCCUUCCACGACUACGGAUUCGUUAGCUCCGGCUAUGGAGUGAAUGGCAUCGGACCCGGCGGCCCCCACAAUGCCGGAGGACCGGCACCAAGUCCACUUGGCCAGAUGCCGCCCGGCGGCGAUGGAGGCCCAAUGGGUCCUGGCGGACCGAUGGGGCCCAAUUUCUUCCCCAAUUCGACCAUGCGGCCUUCGCCGCCGACGCACGCAUCCAGUCCUCAGCCGCCGCCGUCUCAGAUGAUGCCAGGCCAGCCGCCGUUCAUGGGCGGACCCCGCUAUCCGGGUGGACCGCGUCCCGGCGUGCGCAUGCAGGGUAUGGGUAACGAGUUUAACGGCCCGCCCGGUCAGCCGAUGAUGCCCAACAGUAUGGACCCCACUCGACCCGGCGGCGGGAUGGGACCGAUGAAUCCGCGCAUGAAUCCGCCACGCGGUCCCGGUGGCAUGGGACCAAUGGGCUACGGCGGACCUGGAGGGAUGCGCGGACCAGCACCCGGGCCAGGUGGAAUGCCACCCAUGGGCAUGGGUGGAGCGGGCGGCCGACCGCCACAGUGGCAGCCGAACGCUUCGGCGCCAUUGAAUGCCUACUCGUCAUCGUCGCCAGGCAACUACGGACCGGGUCCCGGUUCGAAUGGACCGCCCGGCCCUGGAACGCCCAUCAUGCCGUCGCCGCAGGACAACACGCAAGGCGGACCUGUAGGAGGACCUGGUGACAGUAUGUACGCCCUGAUGAAGCCCGAAUUCCCGAUGGGAGGCGGACCAGAUGGCGGAGGUGGUGGAGGCGGACCCGGUGGCAUGGGACCGAUGGGUGGCGGCCCCAAUUCAAUGGGUCCCGUACUUAAUGGCGGCGGUGGACCAGACGGGACUGGCCUGGACGGAAUGAAAAACUCGCCGGCCAAUGGCGGACCUGGGACGCCGCGCGAAGACUCCGGCAGCGGCAUGGGUGACUAUAAUCUGGGCGGAUUCGGAGGACCAGGCGAGAACGAUCAGACCGAAUCGGCGGCAAUUCUGAAGAUCAAGGAGAGCAUGCACGAGGAGGCCAAGCGGUUCGAGAAAGACACAGAUCAUCCGGACUACUUCAUGCCAUAACAACAUCAUCAGCAACAGCAGCAGCAUCUCAACACAGUGGCCGCCGCUGUGGCGGCUGUAGUGGCAGCUGCGGCGUCCAACGGAUCGGCCGGCAGCUCCUCGGCAGCCGCCUCCAUAGCGGCUGCUGCUCUGGGGGCCGCCGCCUCCAACCUGCUCAGCAAUGGCGGCAACAAUUUCUGAAGGCGACGACACACAUAGCAACACAGCAAAUAAGAACGCGGUAGUAGAAAUCCUUGAUACAUAAGCAUAAAGUAAUUAAUAUUUAACGCAUGUAUGAGAAAUUGAGAAAAGCGAAGCAAAAACAAAAGCGAAAACAUAACAGAAAGCCCCUAAAUAUAAUAGACUAAAAACUAAAGCGACAAAAGUAAGCAACAAUUUGUAAAAUGUAAAAUUGUGAAAGGAUCCAAAUGGGCGUUUUGCACUGCCACUGUCCUCGAUCGGCCUUGAUUUCCUGCUGUUGAUUUUUAGAUAAGUUCGUUUUGUCUGUUGUAUUCUAUGCUUAACUUUAGUUUUCGAUCGAAAAUUUAACUAGCAAAGGAGAUAGACGACGCGGGGCAGUGGUGUUGGCAAAACAGAAAAUCUGGAAACACCUAAAGAGAAGGUUGACAAAAACAAGCAGCAAAGGCAACAGCAACACAGCAGUAAUCUAAAUGAGCAAGCAAAUAUAUACUUAAAGUAAUGUUAAACAUGUACGCAACUAGUUAAGUGAGUCCUCGUUUAGUUUAGUCGUUACAACCGAUCACUAAGUAACCUCACACCAGAACCGACUCAUACACCUCCCCCAAAUCAAUCCAAUCAGUCAUCUAUAUCUCGCUUAUAUCGAAGAACGAAAACAAAACAAAUGAAAUCAUAAUCGCGAAUCAGUUUUUUUUUUACGUUGGGCAAGGCGCAACAGAAAAGAAUGAAAUCGAGCAUAAUAUAAAUUAUAUAUUUAUAAUGAUAACACCUAGUUGAGUAUAUAGUUAGCAUUAUUGGACAUGUACCAUAUGGAUAGUCUGUAACUAACUCACGAUCAUACUACCCAUGUACUCUCGAUCUGCUGGCCCGAAUGCCUACGCUUGUCCCUCAAAUUGUAUUCCUCCUAGUUUUUAUUGUACAAAUUGUAAAAUUGGCACUGUCUGUCUCCCCGUCUCUUCGUUUGUUUGUUUUUGUUUGCCUGAAGUUUGUAUUUGUUGUAUUGUUUUGUGUCUUAUUGUUUCUCUCGUGUAUUUAUAUUUUAACCAAACGAACUAAAUUGGAAAGUCGUUUUUUAAGUUCCUUCCAACGGCGAGCAAUACCAUUUUGUAUGAGAUAUGAGAUACGAUCUGUACGAUAAUUUCCCCACAGUUUGCACUCGUUUCGAUUUCCUCACGGCAUCGUGUGUGUGCAUUAGUAGGGACAGCGAACGAAAAUUAUAUAGAACGCUACAUAUAUGUAUGUAAACAUAAUAUAUAUAGACAGAACCCGAAACGGAAGCAGAUACAGAUUGUAGCCUAUUGUAUGCACUUAUUUAUUGCAAGAUAGCUACGCGCAUAACUAUAAGAUUUAGCUGUUUAAUAUGCAUAUAUAAAGUAUAUAUUAUAUAUAUUUCGUAAAAUAACGGCAGCAAGGCAACGGCAAAUUGUAGAAACCUAACCUAAAGAAAGUUUACUUCAAAAUACUACUCUUAAGCUAACAACACGAAUGCUGUACAAACAAAAGUCUAUAAGGUACAUACAACAUAAAUUAUCUUGUGUAUGUCUGUGCUUCGCAUCCUUUUAACGGCGAUGAUACAGCACAUUCGCAUUCGUAGACGAUCGAGCCCGUACGGUAGCAUUAGUUUUGAAGCUAAUUAUUAAGUCCCAGCAACAUAAACAAAUCAAAACUGAGAAUAUAUACCUAACGAGAAACGAAUGAAAUUUCUUUAUAGCAAACACACGAACAUUAACAUACACACAA